UCGUUAGUUCCGCGCGUCCCUUCGUCUCGUACGGACGCUUAUACACCAUCUUCGUACAACCAAUAUCCUAUAUAUAUUUCUAUACAUAUAUAUAUGAACUUAUUGGUACCUUAUCAUCAAUAUAUUUAAUAUCAUUCAGAAAGCAUUCAAAUUAAAAAAAUAAAUAAAUAAUCGCUGUAAAAAAUACGGGAAUGUGAUAAAAAACGUAUUAGUCUGGCAGAAACAAUUAUCCAUUGGAAUAAUAACACCAGUAAUCAAAUUACUACUCCAAAAUGAAUAAUUUCGCGAGGAGUCUGGCCUUCCUCUGCUUGGUUGGACUCGCUCGUAGCCAAGAAGGAGGUUUAUUUUUUUCCGUGAGCCCCGCAGAUCACACAGUAGUCGAGGGCUCGCCGGUACGUUUGCGUUGUGAAACUCAGCCAAGUGUGGGUGUAAAACACACGUGGAAACUCGAGGGCCAGACUCUGGCACCGAGUCCGCGUCGUCAUCAAGUCGGCGGGGAUCUCUAUAUCACUAGAGUAAACAGGAUACUGGACAGUGGGAAUUUCGUUUGCGUUGCAUACCACGAACCAACUGGAUACAGCAUCGAGAGUUCACCCGCUAAAAUCGACGUACAAUGGAUAAGCGAGUCACGAGUAGUCUUGGAAUUACCAAAGUUUCCUUCUCCAGUACGUCCUGGUGUUGAGGUAGAAUUACGCUGCCACGUGGAUGGCUCUGGUGAAAUGAGAUACGAGUGGUUUAAAAACACUAAAAGUGUCAUGACAAAUGACCACAUUAAAGUAAAGAGCAAAAAGAAACUGCACAUCCAGAAUGUGAGUACAAAAGACAAUGGGGUGUAUUCAUGUCUGGCAAGAAAUGAAGCCGGAUCGUCGCCUAUAAAAGAAAGUUAUCCGUUGGUAGUACCGACGAAUGAAACAGCAACGAUAAAAGUAGUACCACAAAAUGUCAUUGUUAAACGUGGUGAACAAGCGUCAAUGCACUGUGUGUAUGAGAAUGCAGAUUCUGUCGAGUGGUACUUUAAAGAAAUCGGUCCACUCGGUGACGAGGAUGAGGAGAGAAUGGCUUUUGAAAAUGGCACACUGAUUAUUCGCGCCGCUGAACACCGAGAUCAAGGUGUUUAUGCUUGUCAUGGUAUCAGAGACGGCAUUGCUCAGAUUUACACGGCUGAACUACAAAUAGCAUAUUUGCACAAUCUUUCGGAUGCGUCAUUAGAGCCACUGCUACCAGAUCAAUUAGCAGUUGUAGGUAAAGAUCAAGAAUUACAAGUGAGUUGUCUGGAGCCAGCAGGAUUACCAACACCUCGUGUGUUCUGGCGUGAUCCCACAGGUCACUUGAUAAGUGACUCCGGUCCUGUGAGAGUACAAGACAAUACUCUGCUGAUUGCUAAAGCGAGAGUGAACGAAGACGCCGGUAAUUACACAUGCAUUGCAGAAAAUUUAGCUGGAACCAGUGAAAUAGUUGUCCAAGUUGUCGUGUCAACCCCAUCGACACUGACGAGCUCGCCGGAAUCACAGACAGUGAUGGAAGGUGAUCCUGCGACUCUUACUUGCUCUUACACUGGAAUGGAAGCUCCAGUUACUCAAGUCCAGUGGCUGAAAGACGGAGAACCGCUCAAAGAAACCGGCGGACCCAGCAGACAUCGGGUCACUGAUCGACAUGGAAACGUAACUCUUCAUUACAAAUUAACUUAUGUAACUGACAAGGGCAAUUACGCCUGCGAAAUUAACACCAAGGGAUUCCCGGCCCUGAGGUCCCAGCCGGCGACACUUAUUGUCAAAGAAAAGCUUAAAUUUUCACCACCACCAGUUGACAAAAAACUUGAACUUAAUUCCACGACAAAAGUAUAUUGUAAAGCACAGGGCGCUACCAACCCAAGUGUCAGAUGGAUAAAAGAACACGAAGGAGAAAAGUUUCCAGAUCACGUUCAGGACAUUAAUGGUACGCUGCACUUUAAUGGCGUUCUUGAAACAGAUAGAGGUCGUUAUAUAUGCAUUGCGUCUAAUGCUCAGGGUUCUAUUAAUCACACGAUACAGAUUGAAGUUGUCAUUGCUCCGAAGUUCACCCAACUACCGCAAGAUCCAACGGAAGCUAUGGAAGGUUACCCAGUGAUGUUGCAUUGUGCUGCUGAAGGCGAUCCAACCCCCCAAAUCCAUUGGGAUAAAGACUCGACGUUAAAUAAUCUCGAUGAUCCAAGAUUACAGGUUUUAGCAAAUGGAAGUUUAUAUAUCAAAGAGGCUUACCUUAGCGAUGAAGGAAAAUACGGGUGCACAGCAGGCAACAGCGGGGGUUUGAAGAGGGUCGAGGUUCAAUUGAAUGUCAAACCUGGUGAUGGAUACAGAUCAGAUAUGGAUGUCGAAAAUUACGAUGGCUCGAUGAUGACUAAAACAGUAACAAUAACUCUGGGUGUUGCUGGCGCAUAUAUGAUUCUUGUCGUUGGUUUAAUGUUUUAUUGCCGUUACAGACGUAGACGUAGGAAGCAACAGUAUUUACAAGAACAAGGAGAAGAAAAACUUGAAAACGGCGACAUCCAUGAAGAGCAAACAGAGCUAAAGGAAAUGAACCCGAAGCAGAACGGAGAGCGCAAAAAAGAGAACCGGGAUUCCCAUCGCAGUGACGGCGCAGAAACAGCCCAGAGUCAAAGCAGCAAUCAUUCGAAAAAGUCUAAGAGUAGCUACGACAAAUUAGCCGUAUCGCGAUCAAAUUUACGGGAGCUAAAGCCACUGGGACGUGGAGAAUUCGGUGAAGUAUUUUCCACAAAGUAUCAGGUAGACGGGGAAAAAGAGCAAGUAGUAAUGGUUAAAAGUCUUUUGAAUACGAAAGACGAGACAUCACUUCAAGAAUUUAAGCGGCAUUUGGAUUUACUUCACAAAUUAAAUCACGAGAAUGUUGCUAAGCUAAUUGGCCUCUGUCGCGAAGUUGAGCCGGAUUACAUGAUACUUGAGUUCACCGACUGGGGUGAUUUGAAGCAGUUUUUAUUGGCUUCCAAGAAAAAGGACGAGGCAUUAACGACAACAACAACCACCACAACAACUACAGCAACCACAACUACAACAACAAAUAGCAUUAACUCCGACGUUAAACAACGCGCUCCACAACUGACAGUUGCUCAAAUUCUAUCGCUGGCUAAUCAAGCAGCUCGUGGACUUAAACAUAUCGCCGACAAUCGUCUCGUCCACAAAGACAUUGCUGCCCGUAAUUGUUUAAUCGCCAGCAAUCUCAGUCUCAAAAUAACCAUGUCCUCAAUGUCUAAGGAACCUUAUCAGCAGGAGUACGCCAAGUACAGGAAUCAAGUGAUACCACUCAGAUGGAUGCCCUACGAAGCUGUCUACGAGGACGAGUACUCAACAAAGAGUGACGUGUACUCGUUCUCAUGCUUACUGUGGGAAAUAUUCCACCAGGGUGAAUUGCCCUUCAAUAAAAUGAGUGAUGAUUCCGUAUUAACGCAGCUCAAAACUCAUGUUCUUGUCUGGAAAGCUCACAAAGCCGCACCUCCAGCGCUUUCAGAGCUGCAAGACAAGUGCUGGUCAAAUGACCCACGGGAGAGACCGACUUUUGACGAAGUUGUCACUAAAAUUGGCGAGAUCGUCGUCGACAGUUGCUUGUAAAAUUAAUGAAAUCCAUCUUUUUUUAUUUUAAGAAAAUAUUAUAUUUUUAUUUAUUUUAAUUUUUAUAUUCGCGACAUUAACUCUUAAUUAUCACCGUAAUUUUUUUUAAGCACAGUUAAGAUAAGCGAGUUUAAGAUAUUGAUAAUUGACCGUUAGGUCCCAACGGCUAAUUGACACUGCCUCUGUCCAUUAAUCAGCGCUAGAUAAUAUUUAUUAGCGUUUAUUGUCGACCUAAGACUAUGUAUACAUACAUACAUAUAUAUAUAUAUAUAAAUAUAAAUAUAUAAAUAUAAAUGAUAUAUUAAAUAAUUAUUAGGAUGCGUGGUAUCGUUAAAGGCCUCGAGCGCUUUCACUUAAAUAAUAAUUAAAAAAUAAUGCAUAAUUAGAUCGAUUAAUUAGCAAGUAGAUUUAGAAAACUAUUUAUUUGAAAAUUACUUUUUUUUUUCUAUUUUAUAAUCGAUCAUUGCCACGAAAGUAGUAUAAUGGCCUAGACAAAUUGCUGGUAGCAAUAAAAUUUUUCAACGAUAUUUAAAAAAAAAA